AUGCCCGUACUCUCUUCGUGCUUUCGCAAAUUCUGGGAAACCGGCGUCGUUGCCGGAAAUGCCACAGACUUACAUGAUCUAGGAGAAGGCGGAUACGGACGCGUGAAUCCGUUGUUUGCCAUCUCUUCAGCGCCAACUGGAAAAUUUGCAGUUCACUACGGCAGCGACCCACUACUUGCAUUCCACCUUGCCAGCGCAUUCGAUGACGAAACAUGUUCGGAACAAGAUAUAGGAACGAAAAUUGUCGCUCUCGCAAAAUUUCAGUUUUCGGAGUGGUGCACUGCCCUGAAACAUCAGGUACACUCCGGCACUCUCCAAAUUAGAUUCUUUUGCGGAGAUGCUUUACGGCUUUGCUAUGAGCUACAAGACUCUCACAGUUCAGCAAAUGUAAUUCCAAAACUCGUGAGGGCAUACACCUCUCCAUGGAGCUCCACAGAAUUGAAUCUCCUUGACCUGAAUCGGCCUAUUGAAAGGAGGCUGUUCGAUAUUAUCGAAACGUCAAACCUCGUUGAUCAUGUUGGAAUGCUUAAUGUUCUACCUGCAGUUGUACCGCUAUUAUCAGGACGAGUUACCUCAGUACUGUUCACAAAUAGCUUGUUACGGGCGGCGGAGGAUAUCACAGUAGCACUGCCAGCUCUACUUUGCUCGGAUGUUGCUGCAAUAUCUUUGAUCCUUGGUCUCUCACCAUCUGGACAUCUCAUUCCAUAUACAGCUUCUGCUGCUGGGCUUGAGGAGGUACUAGAUCUCACGGCUUCAAAGAACACUGGGCGCCGGGGUCAGUACCAUAUGGAGAUUUCAUGGAGGGUCCCCAGCUUUGGUGAUUCGAUCCAAGCACAUGACUGUUCUACCUCUGGCUAUCAGCUUGUGUAUCAGUUCGACCAACUAGCCAGAUAUUUCUUCAAGCUUUACCUGACAAUGUUCAGUUGUGAAGAUAUGGGGUCAAUGAUGGAGUCCAUGAUGCGUCAAGCAAGAUCGCCACUUUCUGUAGAUCUCCGGCACUACAAUCGCACGACAUUCGUCAUACUUCUUUUUUUGGCAAAGAAACGUGUCCAAACUGAUUGGACUUCCUUUAUGACCUGCCUUCUGGGCAUGAUACAGGCCGACAGACAACUGCUCGUCGGAAGCAACAGUUUUCAGGAACUUUGUCUAUGGCUCCACGUGUUUGGCUUAUUUACUAGUGAUGUCCUCAAACAGCCACCUCACAGAGUUGUUCGAACUCUAUAUGGGCGACCUAGAGCGUGCCUUGCUGGUACCGGGCUCUUGGGACGCGAAGAUGCCCCGCCAAUUGUAUAUCUAGCUUUGACAGUCCCACGACAGAAGCUUGAAAUAUUUACGGAAGAUAAAGACCCAAGAGGAACGCCUGGUCUUCAUGUCGGUGUUUGGGAUGUUGAGCAAAGUUUCGAUAAUAGCUUUUUUGCUAUUCAGUGUUUUUUCGGACAACUGAGAGAUCGAUCAGUUGACAACGCUAUUUGCGAUGUCAUCCCAGACCAUCACGGAUGGCGGGGCCUUGCUGACUUGAUCGUGACCUGUGCAGUUCCCACAUGGUCCCUGCUCCUGGGGCCUAGGGAGGGUAUUCGAAUCGCCUUGACGGUCUCAUCCGCUCCUUCUACAUGCCACUACAUGCCCAAACUGGGGAUUCGUAUGGCUAUUUUUGAGUGUGGAUUAGACAGUCGCAAUCUCCGGGUUCUGACUGAGCCGCCGGGGCUUAGUUGUAAUCCCAGUAAACAACAUGCUGCUGCAGAGGAAAAUAUACCCUCUCAGAUGGAAUAUUGCUGGGUACAUCUAGAUGGGGAUUCUUGCGCAAAGACCCUGCGAGUCCAGACUGCUUCUAAAGUCAUGACACCAGACGCAAAGCCUAUGGUAACGCAGGUCUCGCCAUGCACAAUGGAUCUUAGACUCCAAAAUUCAGCAGAAUUGAGACUAAGUUAUCCAUAUCCUAUCAAUGGAGCUCAGCCUAAGAUCAAAUCGAUAUCUGGGGCUAUUGAGCUGACGGUCUCUAUUGCUUCUGCGCUCUCACUUGGGGGCUACAAUCACAAUCUUUUCCCAAUCUAUAUGUGCGAACGACAGCCAAUCCCACUGCUCAUUCCCAGUAUAAACCUCGACAAGCAGCCAGUGAUCCCUGUGGUAGCAAAACUAGAUUGGGUCAAGCAAUUUAUGGGGUUGAUGCUGAGCAAUAGGGAGCGAAAGCUGUAUGAAGAGAGGUCGGCGUUGACCUCCAACCCGUUACUUCAACUCAAGAUCUCCAUAAACGCAAUCUUGCAGGGUUUUGCAGGAACCAGUCCGUAUCACGGUCAAUACCAAAUUUUUCAGCUUGUUUGCAAGCACAAGAAUAACAGCUCCGACACCCUGAUUUUUGCUUCAGCGCUUCGCCAUAAUUUCCUACAUGGCUCCAUCCUGCUGGAUGCAUAUGUCGUUCCAUUGUCGAAGGCGCGAGUCUUCGAAUUAUCGAAAUCACUGAAUUACCUCGUCAUGUCAGGCAAAAUACUCAGCAUAAUCCUGGAGUCUCGCGAAGAAGAAAUGCUGUGGAAGAAGCUGCUUCCUGUUCAAGCAGAGUGCUGCCGACAGGCCUGGCAUCAUCACGAAAGUUGCCAGUAUUUUUCAAAGGGCCUUAUUCCACUAUCAUUUGAACACAGUCAACUGCCAAUUUGCUGCUGUGGCGAAAACCAGGACAUGGACGGAUUUCCUCGGUUCCAGAAUUGGGAAGCUCUUGCGAAGUACGCAACUCGUAUUGCGAUCAUGCCGAUUUCAGCGAUUCCGUAUCUGGAAACCUUCAUAAGCAAGGAGCAGAAGGGACAUAUGAGUAAAAUCCACGCUCCGCUGCUGAAUAUGGGGACCAGUGAUGAAGCGUGUGACAACUGUGGACAAAGUGUCAUGCGACUCAAGAAAUGCUCUCAAUGCGGCAAUGUAAGUUAUUGCGACCGUGACUGUCAAAAGGCAGCUUGGAAAAGGCAUAAGAAGGUAUGCAGGAAAGAUUAA